UGACACGUAGGCCAGGAGAGCGCUGGCCGCGGUCCUGUAUCUCCACGCAGGUGCUUACAACACACGCCUUUCACGUUGUCCCUGAGCCGAUCCGAGAACACAGGCAAACCUGUCAACACUUAAGUCUACUCGCUGGAUUUCAUCUCCAUGGCAACAAACAUGGAAGGCCAAGAAUUGAUUCCAGCAGGAAUUCUCAAGAGCCACAGCGAUGUGCCAGUGAAUAAUGAGUAGCAUCUACUGUGACAACUCUUCAGCUAAGAUGAGUGUCAGCGAAGUUUCAGCUUUCUCACUGACCUUGGAGCAAAAAACUGGCUUUGCUUUUGUCGGAAUUUUGUGUAUCUUCUUGGGACUCCUUAUCAUCAGAUGCUUCAAAAUUCUUUUAGACCCUUACAGCAGCAUGCCUUCUUCCACGUGGGAAGAUGAAGUUGAAGAGUUUGACAAAGGGACAUUUGAAUAUGCACUUGCAUGAGUUCCAGCCUUACGGUUUUUACAGUUAUGCCAUUGGGACCCAUCAUGAAUUCAUUUGUAAUUAUGUUGAGAGUGCUGGAGGGCGCAGACUUCAUCCACUAAAUUUAAUAAACAUAUGUGACUUAUUUAUCCAUCAGGCUGUGUAAAUGAUAAACCAAUUGUGCAAUUGUU